UCCGUCCGCCAACAUGCACGCGAAAGUGGUGUUGUUUGAUUAAGCGAAUGCUUGAUCUUUAUAACUCAGAAAUAAACGAAUAAUUUAUUUAAAAUUACUCACGUUGUUUGUUUUAUGCUCAUUUUCGAAAUGGAUGCAAACUAUUCGAUACCAGCCUCUAAAGUUUCUGAUUGUGAGGACAUUGCUCCCAGUGACGUUGAAGAUGUUGAAUUUAAAGAACUUAAAAGUAAAUCUGUGGGUUCUAAGACUGUCGGGGUAUCUAAGGAUAUGUUAGAAGACAAUCUACACCGCCUGGUAGACAAAGUGUCUGAGGCCGAACACCAAGAAAUAGCGGCGUUGGCGUACGGUGCGUUGGAAACUCCACGUUCUGUUUUUACUACACUUUUAAAAGAGAAACGCAUCCUCCAUCUGCAAUUGUUAUUGAUUGCUGUCGGACGACGAGACAUAGCUCUCUGCAUGGAGGAUUUCGCACAAACGCAUCGUCUAGUUCAUAUGCAACAAGUGACCAAAUGUUUGUUCACGAUUGUUGUGUUCGACGACAUCUCUCACGUCAUGCAGCAUGAGCUGUUGACAGUUGUUCGAAGUUGGAUUCCAGAAGCAAGGAUCGGUGUCACAAAUUGUGUUUGCGAAACGUGGUUGAAAAAGCUUCAUCAGAAAAGAAAAUGUCAAGAAUGUUUGCAGCAUAUGGGCGUUAUUAAUCACAUUCUGCAGGCAUAUAUAGGUCAGAAGGACAUUACUCUGCUUCGCAGGUGGAGAGAGACACCUGAAGUCAGCAUUGAAACAUGUGAAACAGGAUGUGAAAAAUGCUCCAUGAUCGACCAUGAACUUAAGUGCUCACUUAAUGACGUACGAGAAGCCCUUUAUAACUUUAAUACUCUCAAAUGCAAUAUCAAACGGUACAAAGCUCAAGUUAUACCUCUUCGAAGUACAUCUCAGAAAGAUCCCAAUGGAACAGAAGAUGGGACCAGGAGGGAUUCACGGUCCUGUGUUCAAAUGAUAAUGUCUGCUAAGUAUGGACCGAAAUGUUUAGCGUAGUGAUUGGUCAUGAUUGUUGUAUUGUUGUUUUUGUGUUACAAUAUGUUGUUUCAAAUCAGAAUCAUUGUUAGUCAGUGUGAACGUUAUAAAAAUGACUAUUGAAUCCGAUAUAGCCAACAGUGACAAAGUAUGUAUGUGAACUACACUGUAUUUAUCCGAUAUAAAUCAAAGGCAGUUUUGUGCUGCUGCACACAUCAUUGAUUUAGUACUGAAUUACUUAGAUUUUUGUUAUUUUAAAAAUCAUACGUUUGUUAAAUUUUUAUGUUGUGUUUAAUGCGUUCAAAUUAUUGCUUAAUAAGGCCGUAUGCAUUAACUGAAAAGUGAAAGAAAUAUAUGCAAUAAAACGACUGGGACCUCAUAAAACGGUUGUUGGUACUUACUUUUGAUCAAAACAAUUUACAAAACAAGUAUAUCUAUAUGAUCAAUCAUCAUGUUUGGUUUAUUGUUUAUUCUCGGUAAUUUGUGUGAUUUCCUUAUACACUUCAAGUCAAGUGAAUGUUAUAUUGUUUUCUGUAACUUCCUGUUUAAAAAAAUAUGAAAGUUCAAAAAUAUUCGACAAACAUGCAUGUAUACAAUUUAUUACGAUGCAACCGAAUGGUUAUACUCGUUGUAACUUCGUUUCAUACUGAUAAUUAAAAAAAUGUUAAACAUAUAUUAACGGUCUUGCAAUAAAAGAUAUCGAUAAUAA